CUUUUGUUAAUGCUUAUAUAUUAAAAUCUGGCAACAGUAAUAAUAGUAAUGAAAGUAUGAAACAACGCCAUUUUAUCACUGGUAAAUACAAGAAAGGGGAUUGUGUGAUUUGGUAGGUGGUUAAGGGGUGCUUUCAUCAUGUAUCCCGUUGGCCAACCACCUGGCCCAGGGCCUGUGGCUCCUCCAGUAAGAGCUCCCCAACAACCUCCACAGACAACAACACCUACAAUGCAAACUCCCAGCGGUUCAGGCAUGCAGUUACCACCCGGUGGCAUACCUCCACCCGAACUGCCAGUCUUCUUAUGUCCCAGACGACCUAACCUUGGAACAGAAGGGAGACCGAUUAUGCUGAGAGCAAACCAUUUUGAAAUCCGUAUGCCUAGAGGGUUUCUUCAUCAUUACGACGUUACCAUUACACCUGACAAAUGUCCACGAAAAGUGAACAGGGAAAUCAUUGAGACCAUGGUUCAGUCAUAUUCAAAAAUAUUUGCCAAUAUAAAGCCUGUAUUUGACGGACGGAAAAACAUGUAUACCAGAGAUGACAUUCCAAUUGGGAGUGAUAAGAUGGAAUUUGAGGUAACUCUUCCUGGUGAGGGUAAGGAUCGUGUGUUCAGAGUUGCUAUUAAGUGGCUCGCUAAAGUUAGUCUAUAUGCACUGGAAGAGGCAUUGGAAGGAAGAUCGAGAGCAAUUCCCCUGGAUGUUAUUCAAGCGCUAGAUGUAGUCAUGAGACAUCUUCCGAGCAUGACGUACACCCCCGUCGGAAGAUCGUUCUUUUCCUCCCCGGAUGGCUACAAUCAUCCACUGGGUGGUGGUAGAGAAGUCUGGUUUGGUUUCCAUCAAAGUGUGAGGCCUAGUCAAUGGAAAAUGAUGCUUAACAUUGAUGUCUCGGCAACUGCUUUCUACAAGGCACAACCUGUCACAGAUUUUUUAUGUGAAGUUUUAGAUAUAAGGGAUAUUCAAGAGCAAAAAAAACCUCUGACGGAUUCCCAACGUGUGAAAUUCACCAAAGAAAUCAAAGGACUCAAAAUUGAGAUUACUCAUUGCGGUACUAUGCGUAGAAAGUAUCGAGUAUGCAAUGUUACACGCCGACCUGCUCAGCUGCAAUCAUUUCCACUACAACUAGAGAAUGGCCAAACUGUUGAAUGUACUGUAGCCAAAUAUUUUCAGGAUAAAUACAAAAUGAAACUAAGGUAUCCUCAUUUUCCUUGUUUGCAAGUAGGACAAGAACAUAAACAUACAUAUCUUCCUCUUGAGGUUUGCAAUAUUGUCGCUGGACAAAGAUGCAUAAAAAAACUGACAGAUAUGCAAACUUCAACCAUGAUAAAAGCCACUGCUCGUUCAGCUCCGGAUAGAGAACGAGAAAUAAAUAACCUGGUGAGCAACACAGGACUCAGUUCAUCAUCCACACAGGUGAGAAGAGCCGAUUUCAAUAAUGAUCCAUAUGUGCAUGAGUUUGGAUUGUCUAUAAGUAAUACUAUGAUGGAAGUGAGAGGAAGAAUAUUGCCACCUCCUAAACUACAAUAUGGAGGGAGAUCUUUUGAUUCACAGACCAAGCAGCAAGCGAUACCGAAUCAAGGUGUGUGGGAUAUGCGAGGGAAGCAAUUUCAUACAGGAGUUGAGAUCAGAGUAUGGGCUAUUGCCUGUUUUGCACCUCAACGGACAUGCAGAGAAGAUGCCCUCAGAAAUUUCACACAGCAGCUUCAGAAGAUAAGCAAUGAUGCUGGGAUGCCCAUCAUUGGGCAACCUUGUUUUUGCAAAUAUGCAACUGGUGCUGAACAAGUCGAACCGAUGUUUCGUUACCUCAAAACAACAUUCCAAGGUCUCCAACUGGUAGUGGUAGUCCUGCCCGGAAAAACUCCCGUUUAUGCCGAAGUGAAGAGGGUGGGCGAUACUGUCCUCGGAAUGGCCACUCAAUGUGUUCAAUCGAAGAACGUGAAUAAGACAUCCCCACAAACACUCUCCAAUUUAUGUCUCAAAAUAAAUGUGAAACUUGGGGGAAUCAACAGUAUUCUCGUCCCAAAUAUAAGACCCAAAGUGUUCAAUGAACCUGUGAUAUUUCUCGGUGCUGAUGUUACGCAUCCACCUGCUGGUGAUAACAAGAAACCUUCUAUUGCAGCAGUUGUGGGCAGUAUGGAUGGUCACCCAAGCAGGUAUGCAGCUACUGUUAGAGUGCAGCAACAUAGACAGGAGAUCAUCCAAGACCUGGCAUCUAUGGUGAAAGAGUUAUUGAUUCAGUUUUACAAGUCUACACGCUUCAAGCCAAACAGAAUCAUCUUCUACAGGGAUGGUGUGUCAGAAGGACAAUUUCAUCAAGUACUUACACACGAACUUUUAGCUGUCCGUGAAGCCUGUAUGAAAUUAGAGGCGGACUAUAAGCCAGGCAUCACAUUCAUUGUGGUUCAGAAACGACAUCACACGCGUCUCUUUUGCUCAGAUAAGAAGGAACAAAUAGGCAAGAGUGGGAAUAUACCAGCUGGAACUACUGUUGAUGUGGGUAUCACUCAUCCCACUGAAUUCGAUUUCUAUCUUUGCAGUCAUGCUGGGAUUCAAGGUACGAGUCGUCCAUCACAUUACCAUGUAUUGUGGGACGACAACCAGUUCACGGCUGAUGAGCUUCAGUGUUUAACGUACCAGCUGUGUCAUACGUAUGUGCGUUGUACAAGGUCUGUCUCCAUUCCAGCACCUGCAUACUAUGCUCAUCUUGUGGCAUUUCGUGCCAGAUAUCAUCUCGUUGAAAAAGAUCAUGAAAGUGGUGAUGGAAGCCUUCAGUCUACAAACGGUGAAGAUAGAAAUCCCCUUGCAAUGGCUAGAGCAGUCACUGUGCACACAGACACUAACAAAGUGAUGUAUUUUGCAUAAAUCAUCAGUUUUUAUCAUCUGGUUGAAAGAGGAAUAUUUAUGAUAAUUUGAUGUUUGUUUGUUUUUUAAAAGAGAGAGAGAGUAGGGGGGAAGUGCCAUGUAUGUUGGGUUUUUCAUUCUCAGGACAAAAAAAAAAAGGAUUUUUUCUCUACUGCCACGGACUCUGGUCAUUUCUUUUUAUGUGAGACAAGUUUGCUGUGGGACGUUUAUUCUGUUUAACUUUUCUUUUUUAAAUUCAUAUUAUUAUUUGUUCUGUCAUUUGCUUUACUUAUCGAAGCGGACCCGAUAAAGCCGACCCGGGCAGUUAGAAGUGUGCAAAACUGAAACUUGCCUGAAUUUAUGUUGUGCUGACAGUUCUAAUUCACUUACAUACGUAACUUAAAGUACAGAAAAGAGUUCAUGUAAACCUAGAGUGAACCUUGAAGUAUCAAAUGCGGGGGGAAAAAAUUCCAAUGCAUCAAAAUGCAAACAAAUUGUGGGAGGAAUAUGCAGUGGGUAAUUUAUUUUGAAAUAAUUUGUUUGCAUUUUGGUAGUCAGUAAAAAUGUUUUAAUCUCUGUGGCAGAAUUUUUUUAGGCUUUCUGCCACAAGUCUCAGCAUUAGUAUCUUUCUGCAAGAUACUAUUAAUAUGCAUGUUAUUAAUUAAAUUUUUAAAUUUAAAGCGACAGAAACGCUGUAUUUACAGAAAAAGCUUAUUUGAAAAUAAUGAAAUUUUAUGUAUUUUUUAAAAAAUAAUUAUGUAAUUUUUUUUUUAAUUCUAAUAUCGAGGGCGAUAUUGUCAUAUUUUUUUAGAUAAAAAAACACUACUUAUUUCUUUUUUCACAUUUUGUAAAUCAUCAUCAAAUAAAAAACUUAUUAUAAAUCGUAAAAUUUGUGAAAGAAAAGAAAAGCAUUUUUUUUUUCUGUAAUUUUCCCAAAUAAGAAUUUUUAAAAAAAAUACGUGAGCAUUUCUUCCCCUCCUAUGCUUAAAAAAGACAUCUAUUGAAUAUAAUUGUGGAGGAAAAAAAUCUUUCAAACAUUUCUACAGAAAAGAAAUUUUUUUUUUUGCUUAAAUAUUUUUUAUUUUUCAUUCUUCUAAAGUAAGAAUCGAAAAAUUUCGAUCAUUUCUUUCCCAUCCGAUGCGCGAAAAAGUUAUUUUUUUAAAUAUUAAUUUUAGAGAGAAAAAAAUUCAAAAAUUUUUGCAGCAAAGAAAACCAAAAUUUUGCUUUAUAAAAGGAAAGUUCUUUCUGCAAGAACUCUAACAUUCUGCUACAAUGUUGCUGUGAUUCUGCCACGGGGUUUUUUAGUGUGGUUUACUCCAGGUUUAACUGAAUUCACUUUUAUCUAUCUUGUUUUAAAAUACCAACGGGUGUGAAAAAGAAUGAAAAGUGUCUCCUAGAAUAUAAUAUUCUCUUACCUAAAAAGUCUGGUGUUGCUAAAUUUCAUUCCAUUCCUUUAUUUUAAAUAAGCUUCUGAAAUAAAGAAAUCUUCACGAAUGACUUUUUUUUACUCUAUUGGUUGCUUGCUAAGUAAUUAAGUUAACCUCAAAAGAAAAAAAAAGUAAAUUUUAUAUCAUGUCUUUAUUGUAAUAUGUUUUAAUUUACUCUUUUAAAGAAGAAAAGAGUCGGAAAUUUUUUAUACGAAUGCUUUCAUUUUAAAGUAAAUUUGAGGUAUUUAUUUUUUGUAAGAAAAUUUGUAAUUUAGUGGUUAUUUUAAAAAUAACUCUAGCUAUUUAAGCAUAACUUUGUUGCCAGAUGCUGUGCUUAAUAAAACAGUAAUGCUAAAAAAUCUGUUUUACAAAGUACAAACUGGCAACUAAAUGGUUUGCCGGGUCAGUUUUAUUUUGUCCGCUCAUUAAUUCUCUCUCCUCAUAAUUUAUUGCCAUGAGUUAUCCGAGCACGAAUAUUUUACGAGACAAUUUGACGAAAACUCAUUUUGAGACUUGUUAUAGUUCAAUAUUUCUGAGCUAUGUGUCGAUGACAUAACUUGUUUUUUUAUUAUUUAUUUUUAAUUUGAGGAUUAAAAUGAAUCAAUACAACUUAUCCAUGGGGAAUAGCUUUAUCUCCAUUAGCAUGUGUUUUUUAGAAUCACCGUCCAUAUCUGGCAGGACCAAAUUUUAAUUGUGCGCCAAAUUUCGUUACAACAAUAACUAUUGUUUUGUACCUUCACUUCUAGUUAUCCUCUUAACUAAUACCAAUCAAUGAUAAUGUUCUUCCUUUUUGAAAAACCUGCUGUGUGCAUCGUUUCAAAGCUUUUUUUGUGGGGGGGAUCUAAAGCAAAAAACUAUGUGUCUUUCAGUAUUUACUGGUUCCAUGGGGAUUCCAGUAUUAAUCUUGCAUAUGUGUACAUACAUAUUAAAUGAACGGGCUUUUAAUUGAAUUGCACACUGGAUUAUUUAGAAAAAGCCAAAUGUUGUAAAUCAUUCCUUAUUAUAAUAAUGAAUUUUAAUGGAAAAAAACAAAUGAUUUCACUUAUUUUUUAUUUAUGCAAUGAUGUGUUGUUACGCGUGAGGAAAUUGC